AUGAAUACAAAUAACAAUAAUACCAACAACAACAGUAAUGUAGAAAACUGGUGUAGUGGCAAAAAACCUUAUGCUAAAUGUGCUGAACAUGAACUUAAAAGAUCCUUGGAGAGACCACCAAUCAAGAAUAAAUUUUUUGUUCUAAAAAGCCAACCUCCCUUUGCUGGAAACACUCUUUAUAUAAAAUGGCCAAAUAAAUAUUCGAGUAGAUUGGAAUAUUCAAGAGAUCAGAUUUAUUGUAUAAUGAUUAUAAGCAACAACACAAACACAAACUCCAGCGCCAAUAGCAAUGGCAAUCACGGUACCCUUCCACAAAACUCAACUCCAAUUUAUUAUAACAUUUCUGCUCCAUUGUACAAUCAACAUCAAAAUGUACAAAAUGAAGAAAUUUUAAGAAGAAAACAACAUCAAGAGCAAGAAGAAAUGUUUAGAAGACAACAACAGGAGCAAGGUUUCUUACAAGAACAACAGGAGAAAAAAAGAAAGCAAGAACAGUUACAAAGGGAACAAGAGUCCAGACAACAAACACUCCCAAGAACACAAUUUCAACCUCAACAACCACCACAACCAAAACACACUGCAUCAAUCCCCAAUAUUAGAUCACUAUUUCAAAGAAUGCAGGAAUACGAGAAACAACAACAACAACAACAACAACAACCAAUGCAAUCAACAACAUACCCAACUUUUAAUCAAAAUCACUCACGUUAUACUGCUGAUAGUUUCCCAACAACCAUUCAAUCACACACACAACCACAACAAAAUUCCACAAGAGCAAGUUCUAAUAGUUACCCAACAUUUAAUAGAGAGCAAUCACGUUAUAAUGCUACUGGUAAUUCUCCAUCAGCCAAUAUACAAAAACAAUGCCCACAACAACCUUUUACACCAUCAAGGGCACAAUCAAAUACCCAGUAUUUAAUAGUGCUCAUUCUCGUUUCAAUACCGCAGGUGAACCCAACAAGCAUUCCAACUACCAACAAACAAAGUGCACAUCUACAAUCAGAUUACCCAUCAUUUAAUAAGGACCAAUCUCGUUAUAAGUGUACAGAAAAAUUAGAAGAACAAAGAUUAGAAAAGGAGCGUUUAGAAAAAGAAAAUAAUAACGAGUGCAGUAUUUGCUAUAAUAAAUUAAAUACCACCAAUGCCUCCACUAUCGAUUGUUCUCAUCAAUUUUGCUACAAAUGCAUCCAUAAAUGGUGCAAAGAAGAUAAUACUUGUCCAUUAUGUAGAGCAGAAUUUUAUCGUAUUAAAAGAGAGGGUCAAGCCGAAAGAUCAAUCAAUGAUGUUUUAUUAGAACCUGAUGAUGAUUCCGAUGAAGAAAACGAUUAUGGAUCAGAUUCCAAUUCCCAAUCUGGUCAUAAUGAUAACUCCAAUUCUGAAUUCGUAUACCACGAUGAUUACCAAAAUAAUUUUGAUCCUGAUGACUAUCUUCCAGAUGAAUAUUUUAUAAAUAAUAACAAUUUAUUUGAUAUUUCAGAAUCUGAAGAAUCUGUUGACCGUAUGGAUCUCGAUUAA